AUGCCUUAAAGAAAUCAUAAUUUUUAUGAACGGUGUUCUCAUCUUAGCGAAAAUUAACAGAUAAUAAAAAUGGCUAUAGGAUUUUAUAAAGAAGGAUAAGGAAUGAAAUUUUUAUGUGGCGAUUGUUAUGAUAUAGAAAGAAACAAGAAUCCAAAUCAACAAAUAUUUCUAAUUACAGAUUUAAUCAAUAUUUGUUUGCCUUUAUGGAAAAGCAAAAUAAAUUAAUAGGAUGUCUUAUGUUAGGAAAUUUAAGAAAUGUUAUAGAUAGUCGAUAAUUAAUUUUAGUAAAUGAUAAAAUAUAUUAAAAAGGAAUUAUAUGGCUAUAAAAAUGAUAUAGUAAAACUAGAAUAAUAGCAAUAAAAAAUUAAAGACAAUACUCCUCUAAUAGAUGAUGAUUAUAAAUAAUUAUCUAAAAUAAGUAACAAAUAAAUCAAUAUAAAAAAUAAUAAAAUUUACAAUAAAAUCAAUGCUAAUUUGGAGGAAACAAUAAAAUCAAUUACAAUUAAUACAACUUAAGGUAGCUUGAUUAACUCUCUGAUUCAAGAAAUGUUUCAGGAAUCCCCUAAAAGUGAUAUAGAAUCGAUAUUUUUUACUCCUUCUGAUAAAAAUUUAGCAUAUGAUUAACUGAGUCUUAACCAAUUUGUUAACAUAGAGGUUCUGAAACUAAAAUAAAAUAUUGAUGAUAUUUUACAAUAAAAUUCAAUUCCCUAAGUUAGAGAAAAUUUGAAUUAAUUUUAUUAUUAAGAUUAGGAGAAUAAAUACGUUAUUGAAGACAUUGAUAAAUUUUAUAAUGAUGUUAAACGAUAUUUAGAAGCAAGUUCAAGAGAAUUGAUAUAUCGGGAUUAAUUAGAGGCAUAAUACGUUGAAUUUUUGGAAUAUUACGUAUAUAAUAAUGUAGAAUCUAGUAUUAUAAAUAUCUUAAAUAUAGGUUAACAUCAAGGAUAAGAUUAAUUAAAUGAAUCUGGUUAACAUGAAAUAAAUGAAGAAUUCGGUAUCAUAAAUAUGUUAAAUAUUGAUUAACAUCAAGAAAACGAUUAAUUCAAUUAAAAUCUUCCAUAAUAAAAUAUUGAGGAGCAUAACAUUAUAAAUUUUUCAGAAGAGGGGUAAUAAAAUGAAAAUCUUUUAUAAUAAAUGUAUUAAAAUAUUGAGGAGCCUGGUAUCAAUAUAUAUAUUAAAUAUAGAUUAAUCUUCAAAUAAUGCAUCAUUAAUAUCAUUUAAUGAUGAUGAUGAUGACUCAUUUUAUCGUCUAACUGAAUGCUUAGAAGACCAAAAUUGA